AUGUAUCAAUUGCUUACGGCUCCUUCGUUGCCCCAGCGCCUAUGCCAAUGUGCAUUCCAACCAAUUUUAUUGACAAUAGUACUUAGUUCAUUGCUAACAGUGUGGACCUCAUAUGCCAUACUUAUCUCGAAGAAGGAUAUAACAUCGACCAGUAUUGUCAAUGGUCAAUCGCAAACUUCCACAGCGAUCCGCAAUAGUACUUCUACAGCGACAUUUAGCAGUAUCACUACCACAACCGCAACGGACUCGUCUUCGGCGGCAAUUCAGACUUACUACACGGUGAAUACAUCUGUUGUUGAGGAGGCUGCCAAUGAAUAUAUUGAGAGUAAGGUAAGCAAGUGGAACGACCUGAUCAACUCGCGAAUACUUCCCGAGACUUAUGAAGGAUGGCAAGCUAACCUGACACUUUGGAAUGGAACAAUAAGUCAGGUCCUUGAGGCCAAAAAAGCUGGUUACAACGAUCUUUUGACGUUCAGCGAUAAUAUUAGGACUCAACUGUUAAAUCAGUCAGAAAGAGUUAAUGAAACAAUCGAUGAGCUUUCGCGUACGGCGCUAACAGUCGGUAAUGUGAAUGGCCAGGAAAUUAUUCAAAAUUUAUCAAUUAAUUACUGGUUUCUCGAUGGCAUGCUUGGAAAAGUACCAGAAGAACUUCAAACAGUGGAGGAUAUUUCUCACGAGGUAGCGCUGCCUAAUGUUCCCAAUUUGACGUUUUCAUUCACGGUUGAAAAUGUCACAGACACUUUGAAAUCAGUGAUAACUAAUUUAACCACUGAAUUACAGGAAUUGGUAUCAUCCCAAACCUCAAAAACAUCCAUUGGAGCCUCCAAGUCUCUUUAUAGACGGUCAAACGAUUUGAACACACAAGUUCGUGGUGAUAACCAAUUAUACAAAAAAACCUGCGCAUUGUCGAUCUGCAUUUGUGUUUUCUACGCUGUCACAGUAGCACUACUUUGUAUUUACGAAUGGAUUAGAUUCUCCUGGGAGAAGGAUAUGUUUAAGCUUCACAUGGCUGACGCUCUCGAGAUCAGCGACAUCGAAUAUGAGCUUGGGACAGCAAAAAUUAAGCUCCAACAAAGGCUCCGGUCUUUUACCAGAGAUUUAGCAUUUUCUCUCGGCGAUGUGGUCGUGUACAGGCUCUCCAAUAUAAUGACACUUAAGCAAGAUAGUUCUGACGUUUCUUGGAAUCGACUAUCCUUUUUUUACUGGUGGAUCUGGUCAACUGGAAAGACACUUUGGAUACUACUAUUUUGCACAUUGAUACAUUGGCAAGUCCUUGCAUCACUUAUGAAAGUACGACAGUAUUCAGAACCAGAAUUCUCAGCGCCGGCGCAGAGCAAGAGUAUUACUAGAUCACCACCUACAAAUUCUACCUACAACUCCUCAUUUGUUUAUUCCGCAGCUAUAGGGGCCUGUAAUAAUUUUAAGAAUGAUAUCGAUAGCAUCGUGAUCACAAAGAUCACAGAUGACUUUGAAGCCUUUCUCAGUGGUCCUGCUAACGAAAUUAAUUCGAAAAUGACCAAUUUAACUGCCACAGUCGCCAUAGCUGUGCAAGCACCUUGGGAAAAUUUCACAAGCUCAAUUGAUCUCCCGAAAAUAACUUUCGAUGACUCCCUAACCUCUACGAUAAUCACUUCCGCCAUAAAUUACAGUGUCACAGUCUCCGCUAAUCAAAUUCAAAAAUCUAACUUUCAAAAAAGUUCAAUACAAGGACCGCAAGAAACUCAAAAUACUCCGACAUUGGAUCCAAUAUUUCAAUGGGCAUUAAUUGCGCUGACAAUUGCAGCACUAAUACACCAUCUAUUCGGAUUCCUGAUACUUCCCAGGCUUUAA